CCGAAAGGGAGGAUGAGCAGCUGGGUGACUUGAACCCCAACUGCCAGGGCCGGGAUUCCAACCUAGCUGGUCUCACAGUUAGGCACGCUAACCACUGCCCGGUGGAAGGUCCUAUUGUUGGAGUAUGAGAGACAGAAAUAUAGGUAGACAAUGAUAACUUGGUCCAUGAUCUAAAGCUGCCGUUGCAUAGGAAAGAGCAGCUACAUAUACAGAGCCAAGAAGAUCUGAGACACUUACUACAGUGCUACUUUUGAAUAGUAAAUAUGGUGGUAGACCGCACGCUGAAGUAGAAACGGCCGCGUAGACUUUGGUUCAAAAAGUGUAGGAUAGACAAAGUGUAAAGUGUAAAGACGACAUCAAUGGGGAAUGCUUGUUCGAAGUUAAACAUAUUGAAGAAACAAAGCGAACUAUACAGAAAUUUUGGAUGAAAAGAUAAAACAGAAAGAGAAAAAGGAAAGCAAAAUUAUCCCAUCAAGGAGUGCCGUUACAAAGGCAAACCUCCCGUAAAGUGUAAAGACGACAUCAAUGGGGAAUGCUUGUUCGAAGUUAAACAUAUUGAAGAAACAAAGAGAACUAUACAGAAAUUUUGGAUGAAAAGGUAAAAGAGAAAGAGAAAAAGGAAAGCAAAAUAACCCAUCAAAGGAGUGCCGUUACAAAGGCAAACCUCCCGUCCUUGGUCUUGGUCUUGGUGCCGUCAACACAACAGAGCGAGGCAAAACACGUGUUGUCUCUGCUGUGUGUGCUGCCCUGCGCCUCCCUGUGCCUCCCCGACCACUGACUGUCAUGAGCCACAGGAAGCGGGAUAAGAAGAGCAAGAACAAGAGCAGCACGGAGCUUUUCGGCGAGCCAGAUCUGGACUGAAUCGGAGACACAGAGAUGUCGGAGGACAGGUCCUUCGUGGCCCCUGGACACCUUCCCUCCAGGUGGCAGUGUCCUCAGGGCCCCCAACAGCAACAAGGCUUCCCUCAUCCCCAGCCCCACCAGAAAAAGGGUCAUUCCUACCAGUAUAACGCCCAGUCCCAUCAGAACACCACCAAUCAAAAUAACACUUGGGGCUUUCAGAAUAAUGCACAAUAUAACAAUGCCCAGUCAUACCCGAGAAACUUUCAUGGUUACCAAAAUGGAGCUCAGGCCUACCAGCAUAACACACAGGGCUACCAGGACAGAUCACAACCCUACCAGCCCCCAGAGACCUUCCACUGUGGCCCCUGUAACCGCACAUUCCACUCACGGUACCAACUCGACCGGCACCUUCAGGAACACGUGGAGUGCCCCUUCCCGGAGUGCAAGCUGAAGGCCCAUCCAAAGGCCAUUGAGCGGCACAUAGACAACCAGCAUCUCCUUGUAAACUUUGCCAACCUCCAGAUCGAUGAUGAGACCUGGAUUGCUGAGAGGAAGAGGAGGUUUCCAACUCGCGACAGGGCAGAGCUGCGUCGGGCCCAGCAGUUGGAGAAGACCAAGCGUGGGGAGAAGCUAGGGAAGAGUACCAAGCCAUUUGCUUCUAAGGAUGGCAGAGGAAGGGGAAGAGGCAGGGGCAGGGGUAGAGGUAGGGGGAUGGGAAGGGGUGGUGGAAGGGACGUUAGUAAUGCAGAUGGUGAUGGUGGAAGGAAUGAGAAGAGGCCAGGUCAGUCUGAAGAGGAAUCGCAAAGAGGAAGGAAGAGGAUGAAAAGGAUGCAUGAUGGUAGAAAGAAUAAAGAAGAGGAGUGUCAGGUCACCGUACCCGACCCAGACUCUGAUGAGGAGACAGAAAGAGAUGGCAUCCCAGUGUUCCGUGGCACCCGGCACUUCUACGAGACCACUGGUGAGGUGAGCUACUUUGGCACCACAUCCAAUGGGGCUGCAGAGUGCCACCUUGAGGAAGAAAAAGAGGAGAAGGAAAGAGAUCAAGGAGAAGGGAACAUUAUUAGUGAUGACGAAGAAGACUGGAAUGGAGAUGGGAUGGAGGCGAGUGUUGACACCCCUGCAGUACCAGUUCUCGGGGGUGCGCUGGGGAGCCUGAUGGGGGCAUACUCAGACUCUGGGGAGGACGGCGACACCCCAGAGCAAGCACCAGAGGCAGAGAGAGGACUCGGCAAUCAAGACCAAACCCAGAGCCAGCCCAAGAAUCAUCUGGUUAGUGGAAAAGAAGUGAAGUGUGAGGGAACUACAAGUGAAGAUGGGACGAAGGAAGAAGUGACAGCGGCAGCAGCAACAACCACCACCUCGGCACCACCGUCAGCAGCAACAGAGACACCUGCUGCCAGUAGGAAUCCGAGGCAUCGCAAGAAGAAGAAGAACCAGAAGAAGGGAGGCCCACGUGGACCAAAAUGCCCCAAGGGACCCCAAGUUAACUUUCCCAAGAGGCGUAAAACCCUGCUGGAGAGGCUGCUCCUUCCAGACAUUACAAGGGAGAGGAACAUCAUCCUUCAGUGUGUUAGGUUCAUCGUACAAAAUAAUUACUUCCUCCCAGAACAAGACAGUGAGAACAAAAAGGAGGAUGGAGAAGGAGAAAGGCAGGGAGGCAAAGGCAGUAUUGGGCAAGAGGGAGGGGAAGGGAGUCGAGGGGAAAAGGGAAAGGGUGAGAAAUGUGAGGGAAUGAAAGAGGAAAAGGGUGAGAACUGUGAGGGAAAGGAAGAGGAAAAGGGUGAGAAAUGUGAGGGAAUGAAAGAGGAAAAGGGUGAGAACUGUGAGGGAAUGGAAGAGGAAAAGGGUGACAACUGUGAACGAAAAGAAGAGGAAAAGGGUGAGAAUUGUGAGGGAAAGGAAGAGGAAAAGGGUGAGAACUGUGCAGGAAAGGAAGAGGAAAAGGGUGAGAACUGUGCAGGAAAGGAAGAGGAAAAGGGUGAGAACUGUGAGGGAAAGGAAGAGGAAAAGGGUGAGAACUGUGAGGGAAAGGAAGAGGAAAAGGGUGAGAACUGUGAGGGAAAGGAAGAGGAAAAGGGUGAGAACUGUGAGGGAAAAGAAGAGGAAAAGGGUGAGAACUGUGAGGGAAAGGAAGAGGAAAAGGGUGAGAACUGUGCAGGAAAGGAAGAGGAAAAGGGUGAAAACUGUGAGGGAAAGGAAGAGGAAAAGGGUGAAAACUGUGAGGGAAAGGAAGAGGAAAAGGGUGAAAACUGUGCAGGAAAGGAAGAGGAAAAGGGUGAGAACUGUGCAGGAAAGGAAGAGGAAAAGGGUGAGAACUGUGCAGGAAAGGAAGAGGAAAAGGGUGAGAACUGUGCAGGAAAGGAAGAGGAAAAGGGUGAGAACUGUGAGGGAAAGGGUGAGAGGUGUGAGGAAAAAGAAGAGGAAAAGAGUGAGAACUGUGAGGGAAAGGGUGAGAGCUGUGAGGGAAAGCAGGAAUAGGAAGGAGGGAGUCAGGGUGAGAAUUAAUCAUUGUUACAAAGUGUUCCUCUUGUAAAAUAAUUUGAAUAAAUUUGUUUUUCUAGA